AUGACAGUUUAUAAAGGAGGCUGGGAUGCAGAUGGAAGGGGCCCUUGUGUCUGGGACACAUUCACUCAUCAGGGAGGAGAGCGAGUUUUUGAGAACCAGACUGGUGAUGUAGCUUGUGGCAGCUACACUCUGUGGGAAGAAGAUUUGAAAUGUAUCAAACAGCUUGGAUUGACUCAUUACCGUUUCUCUCUUUCCUGGUCACGUCUGUUACCUGAUGGGACGACAGGUUUCAUCAACCAGAAAGGAAUCGACUAUUACAACAAGAUCAUAGAUGAUUUGUUAAGGAAUGGUGUGACGCCCAUAGUGGCCAUUUAUCACUUUGAUUUGCCUCAAGCUUUGGAAGACCUAGGAGGUUGGUUGUCAGAAGCAAUUGUCGAAGCCUUUGACAAAUAUGCUCAGUUUUGCUUCAGUACCUUUGGAGACCGAGUGAAGCAGUGGCUCACCAUAAAUGAGCCUAAUAUUCUUGCUCUUUUGGCCUAUGACAUGGGUAUCUUUGCUCCUGGUGUGCCUCAUAUUGGGAUUGGGGGUUAUCAAGCAGCUCAUAAUUUGAUUAAGGCUCAUGCCAGAUCCUGGCACAGCUAUGAUUCUUUAUUCCGAGAAGAACAGAAGGGUUUUGUGUCCCUAUCAUUAUUUUUUUGCUGGCUAGAACCAGCAGAUCCCAACUCAGCGAUUGACCAGGAAGCUACUAAGAGGGCCAUCAAUUUCCACUUGGAUUUCUUUGCUAAACCCAUAUUUAUUGAUGGUGAUUAUCCAGAUGUUGUCAAGUCCCAGGUUGCCUCCAUGAGCAAAAAGCAAGGCUAUCCAUCAUCAAGGCUUCCAGAAUUCACAGAGGAAGAGAAGAAAAUGAUCAAAGGCACUGCCGAUUUCUUUGCUGUUCAAUAUUAUACGACUCGCUUAGUCAGGCAUCAGGACAAUAAGAAGAGAGAACUGGGCUUCCUUCAGGAUGUGGAGAUUGAAUUUUUUCCUAAUCCAUUUUGGAAAAAUGUGGGUUGGAUCUACGUGGUACCAUGGGGAAUACGAAAACUACUGAAAUAUAUUAAGGAUACAUAUAAUAACCCUGUAAUUUACAUCACCGAGAAUGGGUUUCCCCAGUGUGACCCCCCAUCUCUUGAUGACACUCAGCGUUGGGAGUAUUUCAGACAGACAUUUCAGGAACUAUUCAAAGCUAUCCAUGUUGAUGACGUCAAUCUCCAACUCUACUGUGCGUGGUCGCUUCUGGAUAACUUUGAGUGGAACAAUGGGUACAGCAGACGGUUUGGCCUCUUCCACGUUGAUUUUGAAGAUCCCGCUAGACCCCGGACUCCAUACACGUCAGCCAAGGAAUAUGCCAAGGUCAUCAGAAACAACGGCCUGGCAGGCGCUAUGUAG